AUGGCUCGGCUCUGGCAGUACUCAACCUACACACUGCAGUCGCCCGCGGUUGACAUCAAGGCCGCCGCAUCAGCGAUUGCGGGCAUCAAACCCUCAUAUGUCUGCUCCACCAUCAGGCUUCAGUACAACUUGGAUCUGACACCACAGAUGAUCAGCGACUUCAACACCCUCCGGGCGGCGGCAUCAAACGCCAAGUUUGACAUCGAGCUGAAUCUCACACCCACGGGCAACAGAGCAUACCCCAAUGCGGACGCCAUCGUGGCGCACAUGAAGGACAUCAGCAGCAAGAUCAAGGUUGACGGGUGGUGGCUCGACUUCCUCUCGCAAGCACAGGCCGCGAAACCACACUGGAUCGCCAGGGCCGCCAAGUACGCCCAUGCGAACGGCCAGACCGUCGGCGGGAACUGCAACACCGCAGAUGUGCCCCCGUCCAUGGACGCCGUGGCGUUUGUCGACGGUCCAGACAGUUCCUCGCCGUUUGGGUUCUCGAUCGACAAGUCGUACGUCUCGGCGAUGAAGGCUAAUGUUUCUCCCGGCACGGCCGUGCUGGGACAUAUCCACUGCAACCCCCAGGCUAGGCCGACCUCGGAACCGUGCGUUUUCAUGAAUGACUGGGAUGCCAGCAAACGGGCAGACUUUCAGAAUUACUGGGCCACGCAGCAGAAGAGCAUCGGGUUCACGUACAUGUGGCCGAUCCACUUUCCUCUGUGCCCAGGGAAUGUUGCGUAUGAUCCUCGGGCGGACAAGCUGCCUAUUCUGGCAAAGUACUCGUCGCGAAAGACGGUUUAUGGAUACAUGAAGACUCUGGCGGCGAAGUACAAUUGA